UCUGGCCUAGCCUUGGCUAAGCGCCUGGAUGAUCAGUUAGUCGGUGGCAAACCAAACGUUACAAAACAUCAGUGAACGACUGAAAACAGAUGCGACGGAGAAUCGACCGUUGGUCGAUGCUCCGACGAGUAGUAGAGUAGUAAUAGAUUACACGUGGGUGUAUACGAGAGCUGCCAUUCAUAAAAUUAUAAUAGAUACAUAGUAAUUAAGUUCAAAGGUAUAUCAGGUAUUAUAUAGUACAAAGAUAUAUCAGUGAAGUAGUGAUUAACAGUGUAUUGCUUCCGCGGAAAAGCGUGCCGGGAAGCGUAUGUUGCUCUCUUCGAAGUUUGAUCGACCUAAGGACAGCUGGGAGAGAACCCUUGGUAGGGGAUGCUUUGAAACAGUGUGCUCGUGUGCUCGUAUAAGAGUGAAAGGCCAUCCAGAUAGUUCAAGGCAUGACGAAGUACUGGCUGAACGUGGCCCUUCUCAGGGUCGUUCUACCAGUCAUCUUAGCCGGAUGUACAAUAUGGCGACCAGUGGGAUUAUCAAUCAUCUAUCUAGUAUUGAUGCUAUAUUCUCCGAUGGUCCCGAUACCGACACACGAAACUAUGGCAGGUCAUACGGGAAUAUACCUGAAGAUUUGCAUCUGCUUAGGCUUUAUUGUAGCCAUAGCUCAGAUCACCUUUCACAUUGUUCUCCUGUCUUUACCUCCCUAUGGAUACUUUCUACAAAAUUGCGAGUUUCUAGAGAAGCUUUUCAGACACAUAGGCUUUGUCAGAUUAGAUAGCGCAUCUGUAUGGGAAAUAUUUUAUUGGUUAACGCCAGAAUUCUUAAUCUUACCCACCGUACUCGCCGUAUAUUUUAUUUGUCGUUUCCUUACACAAAAACGUAACGAAGAGGAAAAUGAGCCUUCCCGUCGUGAGGAAAAUAAACAGAAAAAGACGAAAGAUAGCACUACAAAGAUAAUCAACUUCCUGGGAGGUAUCGGCACCUACGUCGUCCUAGCGUCAUUGUGCUGCGUUGCGGCCUUGACACCAUCGAUAGAAGCGGCUUUCUACUUCCUGAUGUUCCUCGGCGCCGCAACAUGUUGGGCCUGCAACAAAGAACUGCAAAAGAAAUUCGCCGUGAUUUGCAGGAUUAUCAUGGUUAUCGUGAUCGUUCACAUUGUCGUAUUACUCGCCUAUCAAAACGAAUGGCCUCAGGAAAUUAUUCCCGCAUCCAACGCUUGGUCACGUUAUCUGGCCCUGACUGCAAUUUAUCACACCAACUGCAGCGAUCCGAGGGAUGUAGAAUAUACAAAUAAUGCCGACUGGUUGAUAUAUGGAUACGUUCUGAGACUCUUCUGGCUGUAUUAUGUUCUUGCGUUGCAAUCGCAAUUUCUUAGUAAGAAACCGGCAAAGGAAACGAAGCGAUUAGGUGACAAACUGGAGAAUCUGGGCACUGCAUUGUCUAGACACGUAUCUAUCAGACGCAGAACACCUUCCCAAAGAUGGCAAUCAGCGCGACGUAAGGCUCGUUUGAUGCGGUUUGGAUCUGGAAGAACGGGGCUUCUUCAAGAUUCCACUACUGGAAGUAUCAUUGUCCAAGAUGGUCAUCAGGAUGACAGCAUACAAAUGCAGAGUCUCAGUGAAGGAGUGCCUGAUGACACACCAGGUAUCAUCGAGCAAAUAAUUAUGGCAGUAUUUUCCAUCUUUCAAUUAAUAGUAAACUCAUCAUAUCUGGCUACAAAUAUAAUAAUGAUGACAUGGAGUAUAAUGUAUCACAGCUGGACGACAUUCGUUCUGCUUCUAUGGGCAUUGAUUCUAUGGAUGGUUCCCGAUAAACGUGCGUCUAUGAUGAAAUGCUCUCCCUUCAUCGUAUUCUAUGCAACUCUUCUACUUCUCGGACAAUAUGUUUAUAGUAUGGAUUUAAAUGACGAAGAAUUACCAAGAGUCGUGAGCGGCGUCAAAAUUUCCGAAAUUGGCUUCAGCAAAGCCGAUGAGCUCAGCCGUUGGCAUCUGAUAGUUAAAUGUCUAUUCAUAUCCAUGUUUUGGAUCACUAUGAGACAAUAUAUGGCAGAACGAAAACGACAACAGCGAUCUUCCACUCUGAGGGAUAUGGUAGCGCCCUUACACGUGUCUGUCUCGACAGCUACAACUGCCAUGAGUCACGAUGAAUCAGAAAUCAAGAGCAAAUUUAUGAAAAAUGUCGGGGAGCUAUUGCACAAUCUAUUGACGAAAUUCUGGAUUGCCGUAGUAGCAAUCAUGUUGUUCAUCUGUGGCAUUACGGGCGAACGUAUGACAGUCUUCAGAAUUGUUUACAUGUCGCUAUUCCUCAUUUUUGUAAUCACAUUCCAGAUGUCCUGGAAAGUGUGGAGAAGAAUGAUGUACGUAUUCUGGGUGACUGUCAUUGCAUAUUCGAUUGCUAUGUUAAUUCUCGUUUAUACUUAUCAAUUUCAAAAUUUUCCAAAGUACUGGGAAUAUCUCGGUAUAGACCAAGAUUUACAAAUGGAUAUUGGAUUAGAAAUCUAUGAGAUUAAAGAUCUAUUCGUGAGAUUGCUGACCCCAACGUUUUUCGUCAUCAUCACAGUGCUUCAGAUUCAUUAUUUCCACAAGGAGUUCCUUAAUGUCACUAAUAUCGACAGAUUAGGGCCUGAAAGCUCAUUUAGACGUGCUAGUCUGGGAUACUCGCCUAGUUUAAAUAUUCCAGUAUCCUCACCGGCUGAUGUCACACUUACUGAAAACGAAAAUUAUACAAUGUAUACAUUGAAGCAGCUAAAACAUAUGUCAAAAUUAGAAAGAAUAGCGCUAUUUCGAAAAAUAACGAAGCAUCUAAUAAAUUUUUAUAAUUAUACUUGGCUCUUUCUCGAAAUUCAUAUGCAGAAAAUUGUUUUUAUUUCAUUUGUACUUUUAUGUAUUAAUGAUGUAUGUGCAAUAAAUUUCUUCUUUAUCGUUGCCGUAGUCGUGAUGAUCAAUUUCAAAAGAAACAUUCAAAUAAAUGCAAUUAACAUUAUGGCUGCGAUAAUAUCGCUUUUAGUGGUCGCCAAAAUGUUGUAUCAAAUUCAAUAUAUCAAUCAUGAUAAUUGGAACGUCAAUUGCACUAGAUAUGGAGAGAAAGACAAUCAACAGUAUACAAGCAACAAUACCGUUUACAAUAUAGCCGAAUGGUUCGGGAUGAAAAAAGCGGAGCCGGGUGGACUUCCGGAUCUAUUGAAAGGCUAUAUUGGCAUCGUUUCUGUAACAACUUUCAGAAAAAUUAUUAGAAUUCGUCAAUGGUUUUAUCGCCAUAGUAAAGGAGAAUCAUUGGACACUCCUCAAAUAAUGUUUCCGAAUAUCACUAGAGCAGAUGCUGAUAAGGGAUUGCCAGAGUGCUUGAAAUUCCUCUUCAACUAUGGUUUCUAUAAAUUCGGCCUUGAAAUAUGCCUCAUCGGAAUCGUUACACUGAUCGGCACAAGACUAGAUUUUUACUCCGUUUUGUAUAGCAUGUGGCUAUUAUUAUUUUUUUCGUUAAAGAGAAAAACCGUGGCGCGAAUCUGGCCUUGUUUCAGAAUUUUUGCCAUUACUGUUCUACCUAUUCAAUAUGUCAUCGUUGUAGCUCCACCUACGUGGCUUUGUAUAGAAUAUCCAUGGAGCGAGUCUGAGGUGAUGAGGAGACUGCAAGAAUGGAUGUUCUUUCCUGAUCCAGAUUUUCCACCGAAUUCUAAAAAAUUGAUUUGCGAUUUUCUCUUAUUGAUGAUGAUCGUGCGACAAAGUCUGGUCUUUCAUAUCGAACAACAAAGCUUACAGUCUGGCAGAGAGUUUGUAGCUGGUCAUAAUUACUCCGUCUUCCAAGAUAUGGAAAAACCAAAUUUUGUGAAUCCUAUCAAAGAUUAUGUGUCUCAUAUUCAAUCAUGGCUCGAUAUAAUCAAACGUGGUUGCAUGAUGAGUCUCAUGUGGGUGACGUUAUCCAUCAUGUUCUUGGCUGGAACAAAAAGAACGAAUCUCUUUUCGCUGGGUUAUCUCAUAGGAGCAUUCGUAUUCCUUUGGCAAGGAAGCGACUUUUAUUUGAGACCGAUGAAAGUUAUUUUAAAAUGGUGGAACCUAUUAAUUGGAUACAAUGUAAUUGUUAUCUUCUUGAAAGCCGUACUUCAAGGUGUGGGUUGUGUUCUCAUCAAAGACCUCGAACAUUCAGCCUGUUGGCUGGUGCAGUUACUUGGUAUUGCAUGUCUGAAAAAGUUCAAGAGCUCCAGCGAAUUGCUGGAUCCUGAGUGUAAUGUCGCUAGAGAAGACAUCGGCAUGGUUUGGGAUGGACUAUGCCUUUGUUUCCUUUUAAUGCAGAAACGACUCUUCAAAAGCUACUACUUCUUCCAUAUAGUCGAUGAGACGAAAGCCAUGAGCAUUCUAGCAUCUCGCGGCGCCGAACUUCUCGAAGAGCUUCAUCAGAAGCGUAUAGACAUUCAGGAGAAUGUGGAGAAAACAGUUUUAGAAAAACUGAAAUUCAAAAUGGAUAAAAUUAAGGCUAAUCAGCAAAGAAUACAGAAACCAGAUUAUAGAGAACUUCAGGCUCACAAAGUCGAUGAACUCUAUCCAGGAACACGGCCAUUGUACAAAAUUCGUACGCCGAAGACUAACAGAGAGGCCAUUAGAUCGGGCGACUAUUACAUGUUUGAUGAUCUGGAUGACGACGAUGUUACCGAUUUGGUUCCUGACAGCGAAGUUGAGAAAAAGGAGAAAAAGCGUUUCCAUGAACAAGAACAACGACAAAGAAGAAUGACUGUUUCGGAGUUGAUGAACACGCUGAUUAAGACAGACAUUGAAAUCGCGACGCACGUCGCCAUGUAUGGAGGGACCGAAAAGGACGCGCUGAGACUCCGACGUAGAAGCGUACCCUUGACUCGGAAGAAAUCAUCUAUGUCCUAUCUGAGCGCUCGCUCCGAGACUGAUACUGCCAUGGCUACCGAUGGUCCCGAUCGAACGAGUCUCACUUCAGUGGAAAUGGAAGAUAAAGAAGCCACAGACUUGGCUAAAACACCAGAAAUUUCUUCAGACGAAGAAGAGGAUAAAUCUAAAGAUAAGAAAGAAGACAAAGAAAAAGAAGAACAGAAAAAAGCUUCGUUCUUCACAUAUUUCAAGUUUCUUUUGGUGAUGAUUAACAGCACUCUAACAUCGAUGACAAAAUAUCUAAACCAAUUCUCGCACGAUUACAGAUACAUUCGUAAAGUUUUAGCAAGAGAGAAAAAAAGUCUAAAGGCAAAACCAGAUUUUAGAAUGGGAACGCGAUUAGGAAUCAAUCAAAUGUGGCAACCAAUACCUCUAAUACAAGAACGAUUGGCUACAAACGGCAAUACUGAAGAAUCACUUGAUCCUGGCGAAGGUCCAAGCCAACCGUGCCAAGAAGAAAGGAAGGAGAGCUCGUUGGCAGUACCACAUAUCCGAAUUCUGGCGCCGAGUUUGGAGCGAGGAUUGGACAUGUCCUCCUCCAGCACACUUUUCUCGCAAGCUUUAGCAGUCCAGCAAGAUGAAGAGAUUAAAGAACUUUCAGAAGUGGAUCAACCACCUAUCAUACAGUUGGCAGCAUCUAUCUGGUUUGGCAUCCUGGCUCAUUCCAAUUUACUUUGUUACUUUAUGGUAUUUCUUCAUCAAAUUAAAAACGCAUCUGUACUAUCGACACCAUUGCCAUUUAUGGUAUUUUUAUGGGGUACUUUGACGAUUCCGCGACCCUCUAAAACCUUCUGGGUAACAUUGAUUGCAUAUGUCGAAGCCAUUGUCAUAAUAAAAUGUAUUUUUCAAUUGGAAUUGAUUUCUUCAUCACGAGUUCCAAACAAUCCAUUAUAUGUACCGAGAAUUAUGGGUGUUUUAAAGAGACCUAAUUAUGCUCUUUGGGAUUUAUUACUGCUCCUUAUGUUAUUCUUUCAUAGAUUUAUGUUAAAAUCCUUGGGCCAAUGGACUUCAUCUUUUAAACAGCGGAAAAUUAUUCCUUCUCAAUUACCUGUGCCAUCGAAACUAUCUUCAGACAAAGAACAAGAAGAAUCUAGCACACAGAAAGAAAUCGAUUCACAUGCAGAGAUAAAAACAUCUCAAGAACGAUCUUUGAACGUUCAUGCAAGGGAUGAUACACACGAUGUUCCUCCAACAACAGACGAUAACGAGAAACUUAUUAUUGCUCAAGGAGAAAUAAAUCUUCAAAGUGAAUCUUUACCUAAAACAAUGGAUAUAACCGUUAAUAAAUAUUUCGGACCAAUAAAAAAUUUCUUUCAAAUUAUUAUCAAUCCAACAGGCAAAGAAAAAACAAAUGUUUAUGCUUACAUGUUUCUUUGUGACUUUUUCAAUUUUCUUUUGCUCAUCUUCGGAUUCUCCGCAUUUGGAACUCAACAAGGCGAUGGCGGAGUUACAGCUUAUUUUCAAGAAAAUCGAGUUCCUAUGCCUUUUCUAUUGAUGUUGUUAUUACAAUUUGCUCUAAUUGUUAUCGAUAGAGCUCUUUUUCUUAGAAAAUAUAUUGUGGGAAAAUUAAUUUUUCAAUACUGCUUAGUACUCGGUGUUCAUUUCUGGAUGUUUUUCAUUUUACCGAGCGUAACAGAAAGACAAUUUAAUGAUAACCUUGCGCCACAAAUCUGGUAUAUGGUGAAGUGUUUCUAUCUUUUGCUAGCAGCUUAUCAAUUACGACAAGGUUACCCAACUCGAAUACUGGGUAACUUUCUAUGCAAAAAAUACAAUAUUGUAAAUUACGUCUUAUUCAAAGGGUUUAUGUUGGUUCCGUUUCUUUUCGAACUUCGUGCAGUAAUGGAUUGGAUCUGGACUGAUACAUCUAUGACAAUAAUGGAUUGGUUUAAGAUGGAAGAUAUUUUUGCCAGCAUUUAUCAACUCAAAUGCAUGCGAGGAGUCGAAUCAGAUUUUCCUCAACCACGUGGAGAAAAGAAAAAGCAAAUGAGCAAGUAUUUAGUAGGUGGGAGUGCUCUCUUUUUUAUAAUCGGAUUAAUCUGGUUCCCGCUGCUCCUAUUUGCACUUGGUAGUACAGUCGGCAAAUCGAAUUUACCUUAUGAUGUAUCCAUGAAAAUAAGUAUUGGCCCAUACGAGCCUAUCUAUUCCAUGUCAGCACAAGGCAGCUCUAUCAUCGAAUAUACGGAAGACCAAUACAAAACUCUUACAAAUAUUAAUUCGACAGACAGAUCGGCAAUCACUUUCUUCGAAAAUUACAUGUAUUCUGAUGUGGCUGCGGUAAGAUUCAGCACUUCCUCGAGAAAACUUUGGAGUAUCUCCCCACCCGAUAAGGACAGAUUAAAAACAGAAUUAGCUUCUAAUACUACGAUGGUUGUUGUACAUGUGGAAUGGACAGUUUCAAGAAAAACAGAUGCCAAAGAUACUACUGGAAUCACCACGACGGUUCGUGAUAUAAAAUUGCCGCCUUUGGUGAACGGAGAGUUCAAUCCUGUAAGACAAACAUUAGUGGACAUGCUAAAUGAGGACUCUAAUACAGUAAAUGCAACAAUAAUAUUCCCAAGUGCUUUUCCGAAAUUUCUCAAAGUCACCGCUAGAACCACCAGCGUUGUUCCACAAUUAAUGCAAUCGAGUCGUUCACCUCAAAGAGACCUUGAAGAUGAAGAUGACAGUUAUCUUUACAGAAACGUCAGUAUUCAAUUAUCAACGAUCAAAGAUUGUUGUGCUCAUCAACAAUGGUGGGUGAUUCAUGAGACAUGUAUCGAUCCUCUAUACAAAGAUGUUUUGAGCCAAGUGCCACUAAAUGAUUGUAAUAACUAUAUUAUGAUGUUUCUGUUCAAUGACAAGGCUUUCCCUAAAGAAUUAAGUUUCAUCAGCGGAUUCGGGAUUCUUGGUUUAUAUACUACAGCAGUAAUAGUUAUAAGUCAGAUGAUGAGGAAAAUUGUCAGUGAUAUGGCACCCAAGAUCAUGUUCGACGAUUUACCAUAUGUUGACAGAAUUCUUCGGCUUUGUUUGGAUAUUUAUUUGGUUCGCGAAAGCGGCGACUUAUGUCUCGAAGAAGAUCUGUUUGCCAAAUUAAUCUUCCUUUAUAGAUCACCAGAAACACUUAUCAAAUGGACAAGACCACCUGAGGAAGGAGAGAGAACUGAUAAUGAAGAUCAAGAAGAAGAAGACGAAGAGGGAGAGAGACAAGGAGAAGAAAGAAGACCAGAACCAUCUCAUCGCGAUUGAAUCAUGAGAAAAAAACUGAGAUUCUUAAAUAAUUAAUGUUUUGUAAUAAUAAAUGUUGUGUAAAU